AUGACAACUCUAGAAUUUGUGCAACCUGCCAUUCCCAAAUUUGAUGGUCAUUAUGACUUUUGGGCAAUGACCAUGGAGAAUUUCCUUAGGAGCAAGGAACUGUGGAGUCUUGUGGAGGUUGGUAUACCUACACUUGUAAUUGGUUCAGGAUCUAGUGGUGAGGCUCACAAGGGAAUUGUGGAGGCAGCCAAACUCAAUGACUUGAAGGUCAAAAAUUUUCUCUUUCAAUCCAUUGAUAGGAAAAUACUGGAGACUAUUCUUGACAAAAGUACAUCACGGGCAAUUUGGAAUUCUAUGAAACAGAAGUACCAGGGGUCUACAAGAGUGAAACGCGCACAACUUCAAGCAUUGAGGAAAGAGUUUAAGCUACUCACUAUGAAAGAAGGAGAAAAAGUGGACACCUUUCUUGGUCGCACCAUGAGUAUAGUGAGUAAAAUGAAGUCCAAUGAAGAAGCGGUGGAACAGAGUGUUGUGAGGAAGAACAUGUCUUCAAAGCAACUCAUGAGCACACUAGUAGCAGAAGCAGUUAAGAGGAGAAGCCUGGCAGAGGCAAAGGCCGUGGUGGGUUUAGAGUGUCAUAGGCUAGGGCAUUUCCAAUAUGAAUGCCCUGAUUGGGACAAUAAAGCUAACUAUGCUGAAUUUAAUGAUGAAGAGGAAAUUCUCCUAAUGGCACACGAGGAACAACAAAUGCAAGAGGAUGAACGGUGGUAUUUUGAUUCUGGCUGCAGCAAUCAUAUGACAAGAAACAAAACAUGGUUUCUAAAUUUGGAAGAAGAACAUUCCAAGACAGUAAAACUUGGCAAUGAUACUCAUAUGACAGUGGCAGCAAAAGGUAGUAUCCAGAUUCAUGUUAAUGGCAUUACUCAGAAACCAGUGAAGCUUAUUUAUGGCACUCUCGUUUUGCCCACUUAA